AUGUCUUCUCCGCGCGUGGAUUACAUUGCGCCCUGGUGGACUUACUGGCUUCAUAAUUUCCCUCAUAUCAACCUGAGGUUUCAGCCCAUUGACAACGGCUUCCAGCCAGAAGAGGAGAACUACCAGCAGUCACUCAUAUUCCUGAGCUGUGUGGCGGCUGCAGGCCUGGGCCUGAAUCUGUUAUGUCUGGCCAUCUACCUGAGCUGCCUGUGCUGCUGCCGCAAGGAGGAGGAGGAGGAGAGCAAGAAGUCCAACUCCUGCUGUGUUACCUGGUCUGCCGUCGCCGCCGGCCUCAUCAGCUGUGCGGCGGUGGGUGUGGGUUUCUAUGGCAACAGCGAGACCAACGAUGGGGUGUACCAGUUGACCUACUCCCUGUACAAUGCCAAUCACACCCUUAGAGGUGUGGACAGCCUGGUGACCGGCACCAUGGGCAGCAUGCGAAGUGGGCUGCAGCAGCAUCUGGCACGGCUGGAUGAGAUCUUUGCCACGCGGGGUGACUACGUGCAGACCCUGCAGUUCAUGCAGCAGAUGGCUGACAACGUGAUCAAGCAGCUGCUGGGGCUUCCUGACUGGGAGGAGGUGAAGGUUGACCUGGCCUUCGCUGCAGAUCUGACUACGAACAUAGAGUACUACAGGUGGCUGACGUACCUACUGUUGCUCAUCCUGGACCUGAUCAUCUGCCUGUUGGCCUGUUUAGGGCUUGCCAAGCAGUCUCGCUGGCUUCUUACUACGAUGAUGGUGUUUGGAGUGCUGAUGCUGAUCCUGAGCUGGGCCUCGCUGGGAGCCGACCUGGCCACGGCUGUGGGCACCAGUGAUUUCUGUAUAGCCCCCGACAAGUACAUCAUGAGCCAAACGAAAGACAUCGUCAGUGCUGAUAUAGUCCAUUACUAUCUGUACUGCAACCAGACUCGCUCCAACCCGUUCCAGCAGUCUCUGACCAUCUUCCAGAGAUCCCUUACCACCAUGCAGAUCCAGAUUCAAGGCCUGCUGCAGUUUGCUGUUCCCCUUUUCCCAACGGCAGAGAGAGACCUACUGAGCAUCCAGAACUUGCUCAAUACCUCUGAGGCCAGCCUGCACCAGCUGACUGCUCUGCUAGACUGCAGGGGGCUCAACAAGGACUAUGUGGAUGCAUUAGUGGGUGUGUGCUACGACGGGGUUGAGGGUAUGCUUUACCUCUGCCUCUUCUCCAUCCUGGCUGCCUGUGCCUUCUGUGUCAUGCUGUGCGCCAUUCCGCGGGCAUGGAGACAAAUUGCCUGCAGGGAGCAAGAUUAUGACGACAUAGACGAGGAGGACCCAUUCAACCCGCGGGCCAGGAGAACAGGCUCACAGAAUCCCAACCAUGCCAACAUGCACAGCUUCUGCAGCUACAGCAGCAGCAUGGGCAGCCAGAGCAGUCUGCACCCCCCCGCCCCAGCUGUCUCCAAUGCCCCCGUGUCUGAGUAUAUGAACCAAACCGCUCUCUUCGGUGGGAAUCCGCGGUACGAGAAUGUGCCUCUGAUUGGACGAGGCUCACCGCCCCCCUCGUACUCGCCCAGUAUGAGGGCCACGUACCUGUCCAUGACCGAGGAACAGAGUAGACACUUUGGGAAUGACUUCCAGGCGUAGAUGCAACCUCUCCAUCCUCCCUUCAUCAGUCAAAGUGGAGGUCUCACCGGUGUGCAACCACAUGCAGUCAUUGGGGCAAGAGACUGUGGCUACGGCGCUGACCCGCCAGUGUAAAUCUAUAACGGGAUGGGAGUAUCGCCGUUGCCGUUUCGCUACUCCAAACCUCACAGAGAACAAUAUCUAUAAGGUCUCAUCAUUCCAGGGCACCCGCAGUACCUGUACUGUCUCAGGACAAUGAAACCAUAUCUGUAGUGCACCAUGUGAGUUGUGUAUUCAUAACCACAUAGUCCACUUCUCAGCCCCCCCCCCAGCCUCUUGUGGGGGAUUGUCGCUACAAAUUGUUGAUGUACUAGUGAAAUGUUUUUCUCUUUUAGUUCUUGUUCUGGUUUGCUUACCUGACACAUUGUUAGACUAUUUUGGAAAAAUGUGAUGCAUAAACAACUGUGAGGUCAUUGGGCUUUGAAUAAAUCUCGGGAGUCAUGCAACAUACCAACUAUUUGUCAACCACAUCUUGUACCAUGUGUGGAAUUAAUUUGGCACAAUAGUGAUUUGAUCUCCUACAUCUGCGUAAAUCAUUCACUUAGAAAAAAAUAUAUAUAUAUACACCACCAAGGUAACGCAGAACGACUUUGAUGAGGAUUAAUUUCUCACGGUACUAUUGAUAUUAAUUUGUAUCCAGCCGAGGCAAAAUAUUUAAUGAAAUGUGGAAGCAUUUUUUUGUGCCUAUAUAACCACUCCCGCUUCCUCGAUGCCAACAUGUGAUUCUCGUUUUUUGUUUUUUUUUUCCAUUCAUUGAAAGUCUUGAUAUAGAAGUAAGGGUUGGUGUUCAGGAAACAUAACGAGGUGUCUGUACAGAAUAAUAUGAGGAAAAUCUCUGGAAAAAUGUGGGGUCAUGAUGGUCUCUUUUCCACACGGAAAUGAUCGGCUGACAUACACGUGCCAUAUGGUCCCGUGUUAUGCCGUUUCGCUUGGUUUUUGUGAAAUUGUUUAUCUCUCUCUCUCUCACACACACACACACACACACACACACGGUUCAUUGCUCCAAAAUUGUGUCACAUUUUGCCAUCUCCAUAAACUACUUCGACUAAGGCCUCUGUAAAUAACUUGUACAACACCAGUUUGCCACCUCAUUUUGUAUCUUUACUUUGAUGACAAUUUUGGUACUAAUGUCUUUUUUUGGUUGUCCCACUGCGCCACUUUUAUAAUGUAGCUUCUAGUGAUUUGGCUGCCCCCUAUUUUCAACACAGAAUAACAGCACAGUUAUCAUUUAGGGGGCCAUUAUUUCAUGAUGGCUACCUUAUGUUUAUUGAAUAUCAUACAAUUCUACUAGUAUUAAACGAUUCUAGUUUUGGCCAUCAUUUUUAAAGUUAUGCUGCUCUAACAAUAAUAUAGUGAAAUUUUUGGAUAGCAAUUAAUGCCACUAAUUAUUCCAUCUUUACAAAUCAAGUUACAUUUUUUUUAAAAUGUGGUUAUUUAGACCAAAUCUGUUUUUAUUUAGGGAUGUGUAAUACAUCUAACUGACGUUUUUUUGUCAUAGUAGUUGGUGUCAUUUGUUUCAGAGCAUGUUACACUGUACAGUUAAUGCAAGUGGUGCUUAAUUUGUGUGACUCAAGACACUGUGGUGUCAGCGUGUAAUAAAAUACUU